AUGCGAGCACUUAACGACCAAGUCGCUCCUGAGAGCCAGGUGAUGAUACGACUCAAGAAUUCAACUCAUGUUCUGUUAAGAUACGAUCGUACAAAGUUUGACACUACAACUAUUUACAAUACUAUAGAAAAUGUGCGCGCUGGAAUGACAGCAUGUAAUAAUAGAACCUACUAA